UUGUUCCCCUCCCCGGGGGGCGUGUGCGUGUUUUUCCUCCCACUCCUCCUCACUCAGCGCUCCGCAGGCGCGAUCUCGUCAGCGCGCGACACGGACGCGGACACGCGCUCGCUGCUCCUUCCUCUUUUCUCGCGCUCUCUCUAUCCUGCGCGUUCAGCUCGAACCCCGGACACAUGGGUUUGCCCCGGUGAGCGAACUAGCGGACGCCGAGCCGAGCGGAGCCGUCAGUGCUCUUUCCUGAGAGAGAGCGCUAUUAUUGAUCAGAGCGGUAUCGAUAAGCGCGCUACUGAUCGUAUUGGAAGAUGCCGGAGCUCAUGUCGGUGGAGGACUUCAUCGCGGAGACGCUGGAGGACUACAGCUCGCCCACCACCUCCUCCUUCACCUCCAGGAUGUCCAGCUGCAGGAACACCGUCAACGGCCUCGAGGAGUCCCUGGACAGUGACAGGAUUAUAUUACAGAAGAUGAAGAAAGCAGCUAAGGCCAAGCACACCUCGGGCCAAGACCACAUCUCUCAUCUGGAAGUGUACAUCAAUUCCUUGGAGAAGCUGGCUGUGAACUUCUGCACCAACGGGGAGAAGGAGCUGGCAUCUGCUUUCAAUAAGUUUGCAGAAUUGACCAAAGAGCUGCUGACGCCCAUGAAGAACCUGCUGAAGAGCAUGCUUCACAACAUCAACUUUUUCCUGGACUCUCUGGUCAAAGGGGACCUGAAAGAGGUUAAAGGGGAUUUGAAGAAGCCCUUUGACAAAGCAUGGAGGGAUUAUGAAAAUAAGUUCACCAAGAUCGAGAAGGAGAAAAGGGAGCUGGCGCGCCAGUACGGCAUGGUUCGCACCGAGGUGAGCGGCGGCGAGAUCGCUGAGGAGCUCGAGAAGGAGCGCAGGAUGUUCCAGCUGCAGAUGUGUGAGUACCUCAUCAGGGUGAACGAAAUCAAGACGAAGAAGGGCGUGGACCUGCUGCAGAACCUCAUCAAGCAUUACUACUCCCAGUGCAACUUCUUCCAGGAGUGCCUGGCGGCCACGGAAAAGCUGAAGAUGCACAUCGAAGAGCUGACGGGAAAGCUGAGCCAGAUAAAGCACAGGCAGGAUGAGGAGAAGAAGCGGCUGUGUUCGCUCCGGGACCAGCUGAGGCCCAUCCUGCAGCCCGAGCUCAAGGAGGACUCGUUGAGUAAGCAGACCGUUUACAGUAUGCACCAGCUUCAAGGCAACAAGCAGUACGGCACCGAGAAGAUCGGCUACUUGUACAAGAGGAGCGAUGGGCUCAGGAAGAUGUGGCAGAAGCGGAAGUGCAUUGUGCAGAACUGCUACCUGACCAUCGCCCAUGGAACCCCCAACAAAGCUCCAGCCAAGCUAAACCUCCUCACCUGCCAGGUGAAGCCCAGCCUGGAGGACAAAAAGUGCUUUGACCUCAUCUCCCAUAACCGCACAUACCACUUUCUCGCCGAUGACGAGUGCGACUGCGUUGCGUGGAUCUCGGUGCUGACCAACAGCAAGCAGGAGGCGCUCAACGUGGCGUUGGACGAGCGGCAGCCCAGUGGGGAGAACAGCAUCGAGGACCUCACCAAGGCCAUCACUGACGACAUCCGCCGCAUGCCGGGAAACAACGUGUGCUGCGACUGCGCGGCGCCAGACCCCACGUGGGUGUCCACCAACCUGGGAAUCCUCACCUGCAUCGAGUGCUCCGGGAUCCACCGGGAGCUGGGGGUGCACUACUCCCGCAUCCAGUCCCUGUCCCUGGACAAGCUGGGUACCUCUGAGCUGCUGCUGGCCAGGAAUGUGGGCAAUUCCGGAUUUAAUGAAAUCGUGGAGGCCGACCUUCCGAGCCUCUCGGUGAAGCCGACCGCCAAGAGCGACAUGGCAGUGCGGAAGGAGUUCAUCGUCCGGAAGUACGUGGAGGGCCACUUUGCACGGCGCAGCGGCAACUCGCCAAGCACCUUACGGCGCAACCUCCAGGACGCUGUGCAAAGCCACAACAUCUUCGCCCUGCUGCGGCUCUACGCAGAGAAGGUGGACCUGAGCCAACCGCUGCCCAGCCACAUGCAGGAGAAAGGGGAGACGGCUCUGCAUCUGGCCGUCCUCUUGGCCGACCGGACAUCUCUCCACAUGGUGGACUUCCUGGUACACAACUGCAACAACCUGGACGCGGUGACGAUGAGGAGGAACACGGCUCUGCACUACUGCUGCCUCUAUAACAAGACCGAAUGCCUCAAGCUGCUGUUGCGAGCCAAGGCCAACACGCACCUCAGGAACGAGGCGGGUGAGACAGGCCUGGACAUCGCCAGGAGACUCAAGCACAUGCACUGCGAGGAGCUGAUCAACCAGUCCCAGAACAACCAGUUCAACAUGCACGUCCACGUAGAGUACGAGUGGCGACUGCGGCAGGACGACUUGUACGAGAGCGACGACGACCUGGAUGACAAGACGGGUCCAGCCAAGAAGGACCGCUUCUCCCGCCCAAUGAGCCUGUACCACCAUACCAGCGGCUCCACCCACCAGGAGCGUAUCGGAGGAGGAGGCGGAGCUUUCUACAACGUCGGCCGCCGGCUGGCCGCGGCCCGCGACCAGCGGCGAGAGGUCUACGCCUUCCCCAGCUCGCAGACACGCAGCCUAGACAGCCCGCCUCCGCCACCACCGUCGUCGCCCGCCCCCCCUUUGCCUCCCAGGGUCAGAGUUCCAAACGUGCCCCCGCCACCUCCCCCCGUGAGCCCCCCCGAGGUGUGGAGCGAAGGCCUCGGGAGCAAGAAGAGAACCCCACCCCCUCCCCUCGUCAUCCGCCAUAAGCGCACCUACUCGGAGCCCACCCCCCAGGUGCCCCCCAGCCCCCUUGGGGUGCGCCAGAUUUCCUUAGAUUACGCGGUGCCCGGCAAUGGGAAGGGAUGUGGUGUCCUGGAGUCGCCUUUCCAGAAAUCUGUUUGCAGCUCAGGGUCUCCAAAGUGCACCGGGACCGCGCUCAACUCUCUGUCGGAGCUGCCGGAGAGAGGGCUUAGAAGCGACGGAGAGAGCGGCUCGUCCCAGUACAUCUACUCGGUCCCGCAGGGGAGCGGCCGCGCCUCCCAGUUCGGCUACCCCGGCAUCUCGGGGCCCCGCAGCCCGGAGUCCAACGGGGGCUCGUCUGGCCAGCAGGGUCCCACCCCAGACCACCUGCCCAGGAAGGCGCUGGCAAAACCGAAAGUCCGGCGGGUCAGAGCCAUUUACGACUGCGUGGCCGACCACCACGACGAGUUGACCUUCAACGAAGGAGAGGUGCUUGUGGUGCUUCGAGAGGAUGACGCCGAUUGCACGGCUACAUCGAGGGCCAGCCGGACAAGACGGGCCUCUUCCCGGCAUCCUUCGUCCACGUCCUGUCCGACUAGAUGUGACCAAGGGCGCCGACGGCCUUGCCACACCCUCGAGGAGACUCCGGGCCUCUCUGAAGACCUCCUCCGCUAUUGUUUGCUCUGAGCGGGUGAGAGUCAACCAAAAAGGACCGCUGGGUGCGGGUGUGCGGGAGGAGAUGCGUGAAUUGCAUGGGACGUCCUGCACCCCUCUCUCCUCUCUAUCCUUGGUGAGCCAAAGCCCUACCUUCACUUGCUCAUGAGGUGGAUCCAUUUCCGCCCGUUCCUACUAUUGCGUGCCAGGGGUUGAGGGUCUCUCAUCGACCAGCGUUCAGGUGGACCUUAGCCCCCCCCCCUCUCGUGCAAAUGGCUUUAAGGGUCACCUAUAAACACAACGUUUACAAAGCACAUUGAGGUGUCAGGGAAGGAACCCGUGAGGAACAUCUGCCACGUCUGCUACCGUGAGGUUCGUUGCGAGCGGUGCGGCCGAGCCCCUUUUUGACGCUUCCUCGGCUCUGAUCCCCUUCCCGCCCAACGCUUUGCCGAAACUUUUCGUGCGCUACAGCCGAGCACAGGAGCUCAGAGAACCUCUCCGAGGAGGGCUUUUCUUCUCAGAUCCACGGUACUCUGCUCCUCCCCGUCGAAGGGGAUGAAGAGCCAUUCAUCGUUCACGCUUCUCGUGAUAUAUAAUCAGCGAAGAAGCUCUCCGGUGGCAAUUCUGUGGAUUUAGCGCUGAGCCAUAAUCUCUGGAUGGAAAAGAUUGGCAGUGCUGUAGGAGGACAGUCUCCUCUUUGAAGGAGAACAGCAGAGCGAAGCUGCAAUUUAGCUUAAGUACAGGGCGGAGAGAGCGUGUGUCCCUAAAGGACAGCACACGUGCACGGAGCACUGGCUUGAGAGCAUCGUGAGUCUUUGUGCUCAUUUCGGGCUCCGGCCCGGUCGGCGCACCCAGCCGAACACGGGUUCGAAAUAACGUGCGUCGCGUGGUGCCGUAGGCCUUGGUGCGUGGCUCCUGCUGUGAGCGCGUGGAACCCAGCUGUGACAUGACUUGCGUAGGAGGAGAGAUCCAUCCGCAACGUUGCCGUUCUGUGCUCGCCGUGUUGAACCCCGCGUGCUGGUGCAAUGGUGGUAAAAUGAUGGAAUAGUGUUCAGUUGCAUGAGUCCCUCGCAUAGCUCCAAGUACUUGAACGGAGUCCCGUGUCGCACCCGCGAAUCGGAAACGGCCGGUCACUAAUAAUUCAUAACCCGCUCUUUACAAAUGAUUGAUUUAUUUUCCUAUAGCGGUGAAAUAUCUGACUGGACAGCUGGGCGUUCUGUUGCCGCUCUUGCUCUUUAUCUGCAUAUUAUUUUACAUAAUUCAUAAUCUGUUUGACACUUGGUGAUUUUUUCAAGCAAUAGAUUUGGAGGAGACAUUCGUAUCGUUCCGAAUUUCCAAAAGGAAUAAUCUCAGCAUGAUCAUUUGAAUUUCCUGGAGCCAAUUCCUUAAUUCCUCUUUUUUUUUUUAUUGAAAGUGUUAUGUACCUCCUCCUCUUACUUUUUAUAUUUGUUCUCACUUUCUGAAAUAAUUUAUAUUU